UUAUCAAAGCAUACGUUGUAAGUAAUCAAUAUAAACUGGCCGUUCAAGAUCAUUUCAGCACAUUUACGAGGAAUAAAUUUGCAGCCAAUAUUUUGAAAAUAAGAGUGUGUAGAUGCAGAAAGAAAGCGUUGUAUUUUGAACUAUUUUGCAUAGAGAAUUCUGGAAGAUUUUCUUAACAUUUUGGCUGUCUACGCUGUGGUUAAAAUUGUUUUCGUUGCGAUGUGAUAAAUGUAGAAGAAAUAUGUCAGAAUAUUUAUUCUUUUGGUAUAUUUACAAACGAUUUGGUACACAAAGCAAAAACAAAAUCCUUUUUAUAGACAGGAGAGUAUUAUGUUGUUUCCUCAUUACUAAAGAAAUUAUAUGCACUCAAUACAAAUAUAAAAUGUUGACGAGAUUAUCAGCACAAGAAUAUUCAGCUUAUUCAUUCGAGAAGCUUUUUUCUUGAUUGAAAUUGCUGCUUUGAAAACGAAUGAUGAUCUUGGUCAUUUUGACAGCAGUGUUGACUUUACUUACUUCUUGGCAAGAAAUUAUUGUUUUUUUAACCAUUAUUACGCAAAACCUCAAGACAAUGAACAGUGGAAAGAACGAAAGCUGGUUUGAGAAUUCAUUAUCAUACGUUUUACAGGCCUUCGCAAAAAAUGUUCUUUUAAACAAAGGGCAUCUGCUGAAAUCAAAUUUAGUCAAUACCAAGGUCAUAGGCAUCAAGUCAGUGUGACGUCACUUUUGGCAUUGAUAUUUACUGCUGUUCCUGGACAAUUCAUGCCGAAAUAGGGAAUGUCUAUAAUGAAUAUUGGAAAGCUGAAAGGUUGUAAAGCAUUUUUAAAAAAAUCAGCUUAAGCACUGUGGAUAUAUCUUACAGGUCAUUCUCUCUCUAUAUGUUGAUUCUAUUUUAAAGUUCUUAUCAUUAAAGUUCAAAUUCAAGUAAGAUAAUAGCUACUUUUAUGCAAUUUAUGUAUUCAAAUGUGCUACUUUAGUAAAGGAAAACAAUUUUGAGCUACUUUUAUGCGUUUUUGUUGGGAAAAACGCUUAGCUUGUUCAUGAAUCUAGUUUCUCUUUCUACGCUCUUUUCUACUCUCUCUUUCAUUUACAAAGAUGUGGUCAAAACCUUUUUGAACUCUUUUAGUAGUUGUACCCUUCAGCUUUCAUUUGUUCGUUAGUUCUUACACGUGUGUAAAAAUAGCAUUUCCCCUAUGACGUCCAAUGACAAAUUUUAUUCUUUCUUGGAUAUCAACAAAAUAAUAUAUUCCAAACUAUUUAUGAAAUGUUUAAAAACAGCUACUUUUUUCUGAAGUUUGCAAAUACAACUCCUCCCUAUGAAUUUCUUAAAAUCUGACGAAUCUUCUCUUAGUAUAAAUUUGUACUCCUGACUUCAAAUCACACUCUAGAACGAAACAACAGGCGUUGAGUUGAUUACAAACAAUAGCUUGUAACUAUCAAAAAGAAAAAAAGGAGAACUGAAAGUGAUGCAUACUUGAAAACGUCCCAAUGCAGGCACAGACCCGAAGACAGAAGCUCUUUUUGGGUGUACCACUUCCUCAAAUAAAGGGGCACUUGCACUUAUUGACAGCGUAUUUGCUAUGUUUUUGUUACAAGUAGCUGGGGUUUGAUUUAAGGGGUUGGAUAUCCUCAGUGACAUGUCCAGAGUUGAUAUAGUGAAAGGGUAUAGUGGUAAGGCGUCUUGGGUGAACCCCUCAGGCAAACGUUUUAUGAGACACCCUCUACAUUUCAUAGGAAGGUUUCAUGUGUCUUGUACAAGAUGAAAAGCUUUAAAAUUCUGUUGAAAUUAUUCUUAAAGCUAGAAGAAUCUGAGGAGAAAACGCUUGGGCAAUUUUAACAAAGUUGGAGGACGAUUGCCAAACCAUACCUUCUCCUCUUGGCCACACCACUUGUUAGUGGGUACGUGCAUGCGGCGUCGUUUUUAACUACACCCUGUGCCCAUUCUCCAAAAGGCGUUACAGUUCCACGGUUGUGAAUAAGAGGAAGAUUAUCCGACACAAUUUUUUUGGUUUCAAGAAGGCCAGUGCAUGAGAAAAAAAUAAAGAAACAGAGAGGAAAGCAUCAAAUCAUUCUUAACAACAAAGAGUAAACUGACGUUCAAUAUUGGUGUGGACGCGUAGUCAAAGGCCUUUAUUCCAUGGUCUGAAAGUCAUAUGGGUUCGGGUCUUGUCAGAAUCACUUUCCACAAGGCCUCCAGCCAACUCAGCUGUCCAUCCCCUUGAGGUCGGUAAAUAAGUACCCAAGGUACUCAUUCUAGUACCCAAAGAACAUCAAUCUAGGGGCACAGGCCGCAGGCCAACAUCAGCUAGCAUCAUUAGCUGUCACUCUAACCUGCAUUAACAAAUAAGUAUUUUUUGUUUGCUGCUUGCUACUUUCAUGUUGGCUUUUUUAAAAUACUAAAAAGUAAUUUUAAAUAUAAUUUUGAUUCUGUGAGUUAAAAAUUGACAUUUCUUGUAGCAAAUUUACUUUAUUUUUAUGAAAGUCAAACUUUUGUAACUUUAAACAAUGGUAGUAUGAUAUUUAAAUUUUCUGAACCUUUUCCAAAAUUUAGCCUACUUUAAAGAAAUUCGCAAUAUGUUAUGAUGGUCACAAAUAUUUUCCAGACCUACAAAACUCUACUGAAACAUCUUCAAAAUUACAUUUUGGUUGCAAUAAUGUCUUUAAAUUCAUAUCUCCGCCGGAAUCAAAUAAAUCAGAUUUUUGAUGGAAUUUAUAGAAAGAAAUACGAUUUUUAAUAGGCUCAGCCCUUCAGUCCUCACCAGGCUCACAUUUUCCAGACAAAGUGAAAGUUUGCAGAUAGCCAAUUUUAUCAAUUUAUCUGCUCAAUCAAUAUGAAAAGGUUUAUUUUAUUCUAUUUCAAUUUAUUCUAUUUUUUUUGUCACCAAUAUAGUUCUAAAUAACAUCCAGGCUACAAAAAUAACAAACUCUAAAAUUAAAGGCUUGUUUUGUUUAAAAUUUUGCUCUUUAUAUGCACCAUCUGCCUUAUUCAGGAAGGUUUGAUUGCAUUUUCAAUAGAAUUCUAGCGAGAGGAUAUGAAGGUUUCUGUUAAAAGCAUUACCUGCAUAACAUUGUUAAAAAAAGACAAAAUAAAUGUGAUAGCUUAGAAAUCGUCGCUAGAUUUGGUAUGUAGACACCAUUGACUGACACUGAAAUAUUUGGCUUGCUGGUUGACUACAAUAUUCGAAGGAAAGUGAAAUUUCCAGCACAAACAAUUUUGUAGGAAAGUUUUAUAGGAGACUCUUUGGUUGCCAAGCAGCAAAAUGAGCCAGCUGAGAGGGGAAAAGGAGCAGAAUGCCCCGGGCUUUGAGCCCUAGGCCUUUUUUUGUCUAGAAAUAAUUUCAGAUUUUAUCUAUGAUCUGCUUGAAAUGUUGUUUAGACUUGUUUAAACAGAGUUAAUCCACUAGAAAAAAAUACCACACGUGACUUGAUUACCUAUUGUCCUGUUAACAAUAGUUCUUCCGUUCCCUUAAUUUCUCCAUGUGGUGAUGGUACGCCCACAUAGCACGAUAGCUAGUGCACUCUCAUUCUGCAAGCAGAACGAGACAGAUAGAUACGCUUUACAAGCUUUUGGAUUCUUCUUUGGAGGCAUCACCCAAGACCGAGGCGUUACGUUCAAGUUUUUUCUGUUGGAGCUAUGGUUACCCUAUGCACUUAUUGGAAGUGUAUUUGCUCAUGUUUUUUACGACCACAAUAAGCCUUGCCUAUUGAUCAACGCAGCAAAGCGUAAUUCGACAGAGCUGACAGAUAUGUUGAGGAACAUUAUGAAAAACUACGACAAAAGAGUUUUGCCGACAAAAGAUGGAAAAGCUGCGGUUGUUAUGCUUCAGAUGUACAUUGGUGACAUGGUUCCAGUUGAAAACAUCCACAUGCAUUAUUCCAUGGAUCUCUACCUUCGGGCAUUUUGGUAUGACUAUCGUUUAGACCUGCCCCUAGACGACGGCGAGCAGUUUCCGUUAAACGGUCAGUUCACGCAAGAAAUCUGGACACCAGAUAUUUACUUUCCAACUGGAAAGAAAGGAAAGAUGCAUGACAUAACAAGACCGAAUUCGUUGAUUAGAAUAAUGAAAAAUGGCCUAAUUCGUUCCAGUCAAAGGGUUUCAAUAACCAAUUUUUGCGCAAUGGAUCUUGGGAACUUUCCUUUCGACACCCAAUUAUGCAAGUUUUUUCUCGAGCCGUAUUCAUAUAAUAAUGAACAAUGCAAGCUUGCCUGGAGCUACGAAGCAGGAGGUCCACUUUUCUACCCAGAGGAUCUUAUGAUGUUUGAAUUCACUUUGCAUGACAUAAAAGUCACAAAUACAACGAGCAAUUACGGGAUAUUUGGAAUGUUUGACAGCCUCAUCGUUGAAUUCCAUCUGCGUCGAAAUAUCAACUACUACUUGCUCCAGAACUACUUUCCAACGGCUCUUGUCGUCAUCCUCAGCUGGGUAGGCUUCUGGAUCGACUAUCGUUCAACACCUGCAAGGGUAGCUCUGGGUAUAACAACUGUAUUGACGAUCACCACAUUGGCGAAUAGCAUCAGGUCAACCCUCCCUCCAGUCAGCUACUCAAAGUCCAUUGAUUAUUACUUGCUAGCAUGUUUUCUAUUUGUUUUUGCUGCUCUUGUCGAAUUUGCUGUUGUUGGUAUUACUGAUCUGAAAUGGAAGGGUCAGAUAGAAAAACCAACCAAAAAGCGUUCAAAAAAGCGUGCUGCUGACAGAAAUGGCAACAAAUUGGAGAUUUCUGGUGAAAAUGGAAAUAACUCUGGACCAAAUAAGAAAGCAAACGGUACGCGUGAAAACGACACUAUCGUCACAGCUAUCAACUUUCCCUCAACAACUGCAAUCAAACAAGAAGAUAAUUUGUCGAUUCGCGGCUCGAGAGCUAAUGAAGCAUUUGUUAUUGAUCACGAAGAGAGCAAAGAUGGACCUAAGGUAAAUCCAAGGAUGCAGAACUGGUCUGUCGAGGAGGACAAAAGUCGUGAAGAAACAAGCGGCGUAUCUGAGGAUGAGCAAGUGAAUGACGCCAGAGACAUGACAGAGAGAAGGCUUUCUGUUAGUAUCGCAGCAAUUGUCAAGGCCAGGCAGCUAGCCAAAGCACUUGCUGAAAAGCACAAAAAAGACAAUGAGAAUCACAUGAUUGACAAAAUGUGUAGAUGGGUUUUCCCAUUUUCAUUCGUUCUGUUCAAUGGCAUAUACUUUGCAGUUGUUUUAACCAGUAACGAUAAAAAGUGAAAUACAAUGUGCUAAGACUUAUCCAUCCUUAAAGGUUUGUCCAGAGCCCAAAGGGAGGCUCGAAGAGAGAGAGACGAGGGUACUUUAUUGCCAAAUGCUCAAUUCCUGGCUCAAUGAUCCUCAACAUGUCGGGGGACAGAGAGUUAGGUAUUUCUGCACUACCCCAGUCCGUUUAGCCAGAGGUUUGAAUCAUUACAAUGAUAAUUUACAUUCCAAGGUGUAAAUUGGAUUUACAUUCCAUUGCACACCCUAAUGUCUAUUAUAAAGGGAGGUGUGAUCUGAGACUUUGAAAAUUUUUAAACCUCAAUGAAGCCUAUUGACCGGUCAUACCUAGGGGCGACGGUAAGGCCAGUCCGUGUUAAAUAUGUUAGGUGUUGAAACUAACUAUUAUCAGUUUUGCUUCAGCAUUUAAAGAUAAGAUAAAUUACUGCCUUGCGUAAUCUUCUACAGGCUAAAGACAUAUUGCCUUAGUAGAUCUAAGGUAACUUGUUUUAUUGAUAUUUAUACAAUUCAACGCAUGAGUAAAUGGCAUCUUUUCUACUUUCUUUGACCAUAAUUUCGAUGGCAUGCAGGCAACCUGCACAAUCUCAUUUCUUCCAAAUCUGAAUUAUUUGUUUCGAUGGUAGUUUAAACAUUUUUGACAAAGAAUAAAGGAUUUAUUAAUUAUAUUUGCUAUAGACUCGAUUGAAUUGCCUAGAAUUUCCAUAGUUCUCUCUGUAGUCAAUGCAACAUAAUGUUCAUGUUGUUGUUUAGUUUUCUUAAUAGACAAUACAAGCUAAUUUUGUCUCAGCCAUUUCCUACACAAAUCUUUCUUGCGACACUACGAUGGAGCUCCUGUGCUCAAGAGUUCCCCUAGAGUUAUUAUAAUGCUUAUUUUCUAGAAGUAACUUAAAAUUUUUAAACCACAACAAAACAAGAGAAGUCACAAACAGUUUAUAUUUUAAUGAUAAAACAAUGUUUGCUUAAAUUUUUUUGAGCUCCUGAACACAAAAUGUUUCCCAAAUUAUAAAAAAUAGGGACUUUCUUUCUAAAGAAGUUUCUAAACUCAAGUGUGAGUCCGAUUGCAAAGUGUUUUGACGGGGAAAUGAUGAUAUUUUAACAACAAAGAUUUGGUGUGCUGACAGCAAUGCUAUAUGAAUAGGAAAACGUCAAAAAGGUAGCUUUGAUAGCUUCUUCUUUAACAAAAAAUAAAUCUAAAAUGGCUAUCAUCCUGCAUGUUUUUUGCAAGCUCAUUAAUGCACUCCUUUGGCUAAAAUUCUGGUGAUCCAAUAUGUUCAGUAAUAACGAGAACGUGAAUUUGAUGUCUUGUGCCAUGCUUUAGGAAUGUGUUCAGCGAUGAUGCAAUGGAAACUGGUUUUUGUUUAAGUAGCAUUGAUUAAAGGACAUGGCUUAGAACAGAAAUCAUUAUCUAUUUGUAUUAAUAAUUUUUCUUUACUUUAAAUAUUAUUUCUGUCGUUGUUAUGAUGAAGUUGGGAAUA